ACCAGAUGUGCAAUACAAGUGCUAAAAUUGUGUAAAAUCCAAGUCAAGCCGCCAACUAAACAAUUAUAAUAAAGGCAGUAAAAAUAAAAACACGUUCUUAAACACAACAGCAUUAAAUCAGCAGCAGCAGCAACAAAAACAACAACCCACACAACAACGAAGAGUGAACGGCCUCAAAGUCAACAACAGCUGCUUACAGUUCGACAGUCACUGGGCGUCAGCGAUCCCCCGCGACGCUCUGCUUCUUACUCUUCCACGGGAUUCCAUGCAUGAGGCCCUUCUCGCCAUCUCGUUCCCACUGAAAGUACCGUUCCACGGCGUCCACCGGUGGCGGUGGCCCACAAUCGACAACUGCCGGUCCAUCCGCUGGUAAUGUGGCAAAUGCCACCACAGCCCUAGCCGGUGGUAAGAGCUCAAGCAAUAACAUGUAUUCCACCCGCCAAUCUGUAAGCACCACAACCGGUGUACUUAUGGUCGGACCAAAUUUUCGUGUCGGUAAAAAAAUUGGCUGUGGUAAUUUUGGCGAAUUGCGUUUAGGCAAAAAUCUUUACAACAAUGAACAUGUAGCAAUAAAAAUGGAGCCUAUGAAGUCAAAGGCUCCGCAACUACACUUAGAGUAUAGGUUUUAUAAACUAUUAGGAUCACAUGCCGAUAACGCCCCAGAUGGCAUACCACGCAUUUAUCAUUUGGGCACUUGCGGUGGUCGUUACAAUGCCAUGGUUUUAGAGUUAUUGGGAUUAUCAUUAGAAGAUCUCUUCAAUAUUUGCGCCCGUAAAUUUUCACUUAAGACUGUAUUGAUGAUAGCGAAACAACUUCUCCACCGGAUCGAAUAUGUUCAUAGUCGGCACUUAAUAUAUAGGGAUGUGAAACCUGAGAACUUUCUCAUUGGCAGAACGUCAACAAAACGUGAAAAAAUUAUACAUAUAAUUGAUUUCGGUUUGGCCAAAGAAUACAUUGAUUUAGAUACAAAUAGGCAUAUACCAUAUCGGGAGCAUAAGUCCCUAACUGGAACGGCACGUUAUAUGUCAAUCAACACGCACAUGGGGCGUGAGCAGUCGCGACGCGAUGAUCUGGAGGCAUUGGGACAUAUGUUUAUGUAUUUCUUAAGGGGUUCACUGCCGUGGCAAGGCCUAAAGGCUGAUACACUCAAGGAGAGAUAUCAAAAAAUCGGUGAUACGAAACGAGCAACGCCCAUCGAGGUGCUUUGUGAUGGACAUCCGGAAGAGUUUGCGACAUAUUUGCGUUAUGUACGGCGGCUAGAUUUUUUCGAAACUCCCGACUAUGAUUUUCUGCGAAGACUGUUUCAAGACUUAUUCGAUCGUAAGGGAUACACCGACGAGGGCGAGUUCGACUGGACAGGGAAGACAAUGUCAACGCCCGUCGGAUCUCUGCAAACUGGCCAUGAAGUCAUCAUUUCACCAAAUAAAGAUCGUCAUAAUGUUACGGCUAAGACAAAUGCCAAAGGAGGUGUUGCUGCGUGGCCUGAUGUGCCAAAGCCGGGGGCAACACUGGGCAAUCUAACGCCGGCCGAUCGGCAUGGUUCAGUACAGGUUGUGAGUUCGACGAAUGGCGAACUAAAUCCGGACGAUCCCACGGCCGGACACUCAAACACGCCCAUCACACAGCAGCCGGAAGUCGAAGUGGUCGAUGAAACAAAUGGUUCCUUAUAUUCCAGAUGUUGUUGUUUCUUUAAACGAAAGAAGAAGAAAUCGACACGCCAAAAAUGACUAGACGGUGUUCAAUGUAGUCCAGAACGCGAGGCAGUCACCCUGCUGCGUGCCACUUCACAUUCAAACUCACGGGAUAGCGUAUUGAAUAAUCCGAGUCAGGAUUAUAUCCAGCAGGCAACGUCGCAGCAUACGUUGCGUUAUCCUCCAUCCGCGUCGAUGUUGACGCCAACACCAACUACAAACACACCGACACUUCCGUUGUAAUUUAUAUAAAUAUAAAGCCAGAUGCAAAAUGCAGAAAGCAACAAAAAAAAAUAUUAAACGAAACCCAACAAAACAAAAAUAAAAACAAAACAAAUGAACCCCGUACACAUUAAAUACACUAAAAAACA